ACUCUUUCCAUUGCUCAUGGUGAUCUAAAUCGAGCAGAAAGAUCACGCUUUAUUGUUGGUUUUUCAGAAAUGUACGUUACUCCUGAUACAGAAACUGCAUCGAAUGACGACAUUCAUAUUUUGAUUGCGACGGAUAUUGUAUCUCGUGGUGUUGAUUUUAAAGAUGUUACCAAAGUAAUUCAUUUUGAUUUUCCAAAAAAUGCUGCCGAUUACCUGCACAGAAUAGGACGUGUUGGAAGA